UCUUUACACUCGCUGGCAGGCUGGGUGCCGGCUCCCUCGCCCGCCCGCCUGGGAAAGUGGGUUAGGGAGGGCAGGAGCUCAGCUCAGACGCUGGCAAAGGAGCAUCCAGCCCCGGGCAGGCCCGAGAAGAGCACUUCCUUGGGCGGCUUUCUCCUCAUUUUUCCUGGAGGGGUUUAAAUUUGCACUCUCUCCUUUUAAAUUUUGUUCCUUUGACUUUUCCCCCUUUCGCUGGGGUUUUACAAGGGCUUUGUUAAGUCUUAGAGGGAGGACACCCUGAGCCAGGCAAAGAGAGAGGGAAAGUGGCGAGGAGCUCAGACUGGCCAAGCCCGUUCCGCCCUGGCCGUUGAUGAAAGCCCCGUGUUUGUAAAGCCCCCUCGGCGUGAGCAGCACGCACACACCCUCCAGAGUACGCGGGGACCUGCACCUCGGCGUGGCCACCAUGGUUGGCAGAGUUCAGCCUGAUCGGAAACAGUUGCCGCUGGUCCUACUGAGAUUGCUCUGCCUUCUUCCCACAGGACUGCCUGUUCGCAGCGUGGAUUUUAACCGAGGCACGGACAACAUCACCGUGAGGCAGGGGGACACGGCCAUCCUCAGGUGUGUUGUAGAAGACAAGAACUCAAAGGUGGCCUGGUUGAACCGUUCUGGCAUCAUUUUUGCUGGGCAUGACAAAUGGUCUCUGGACCCUCGGGUUGAGCUGGAGAAACGCCAUUCUCUGGAAUACAGCCUCCGAAUCCAGAAGGUGGAUGUCUAUGAUGAGGGCUCCUAUACUUGCUCGGUUCAGACACAGCAUGAGCCCAAGACCUCCCAAGUUUACUUGAUCGUGCAAGUUCCACCAAAGAUCUCCAACAUCUCUUCAGAUGUCACUGUGAAUGAGGGCAGCAAUGUAACCCUGGUCUGCAUGGCCAAUGGCCGUCCUGAACCUGUGAUCACCUGGAGACACCUUACACCAACUGGGAGAGAAUUUGAAGGAGAAGAAGAAUAUCUGGAGAUCCUCGGCAUCACCAGGGAGCAGUCAGGCAAAUAUGAGUGCAAAGCUGCCAAUGAAGUCUCUUCAGCGGAUGUCAAACAAGUCAAGGUCACUGUGAACUAUCCUCCCACUAUCACAGAAUCCAAGAGCAAUGAAGCCACCACAGGACGGAAAGCUUCACUCAAAUGCGAGGCCUCAGCAGUGCCUGCGCCUGACUUUGAGUGGUACCGGGAUGACACCAGGAUAAACAGUGCUAAUGGCCUUGAGAUUAAGAGCACGGAGGGCCAGUCCUCCCUGACGGUGACCAACGUCACUGAGGAGCACUAUGGCAACUAUACCUGCGUGGCUGCCAACAAUCUGGGGGUCACCAAUGCCAGCCUAGUCCUUUUCAAGCGUGUUUCACCCACAAUCCCCCAUCCCAUUCAAGAAGUUGGCACCACCGUGCACUUCAAGCAAAAAGGGCCUGGGUCCGUGAGAGGAAUAAAUGGAUCCAUCAGUCUGGCCGUACCACUGUGGCUGCUGGCAGCAUCUCUGCUCUGCCUUCUCAGCAAAUGUUAAUAGAAUAAAAAUUUUAAAAUAAUUUAAAAAACACACAAAAAUGCGUUACACAGGAUACAGAGAGAGAGAGAGAGAGAGAGAGAGCAAGAUGGGGGGAGACUGUUUAUUUCACAACUUUGUGUGUUUAUAAAUGGAGGGGGAAAUAAGAAAACGAAGAAGAAAAUACAUGAGUCCAUCAAUAAAAAUUUCAGUAAAUCAGGGUGGGAAAAGUUCUACAAGGAUAUGUGUAUAUCGAUGCAAAUGUAUUCUAUACAAAGACCACAUCAUGCUAAGGACACCCGGAUGUUGUAAAAAAAAGACAAGUGAAGAAGUAUCAGAUGGAUGUUACCCCCCCCCACACACACACACACACUUUAUCCUUCCUUCAUUCUUUUUCAUCUGUGGGGAAAGAAAAACUAAGGUCUUGCCUUUGGUGUCUAUAUUUCCAUCAUCUUUUUAUUCUGUUUUUCAUUUGAGCUGACUUGUAGCCAUUUCAGACUAUCAGUGGAAUCCAUGCUGGAAUCCGUGUUGAGCCUUUAUCUGGCUUUCCUGCCUCCACUAUCUCCCCAACUUUUAAGACCAUUUCCUCCCCCUUCAGUGUGUUCUAUCUCCUCCACAUCCAUCCCUGAUACUCCGUUUUAUUCCCUCCCCCGAGCCCCCUGGCUGCUGCUUCUCUUCACAGCCCCCCCCCCCCCAGCACUAGUCAUGCCGCAAAUGCUAGGAAGUGCCAUUUUAAUUUUCUCCACUGUGCGUGCGUGCUCAAGCCUCUCGCUCUCACGUGGGUAUACAAGUAUGUGAGCGUGUGUGUCUCUCUCUAAAGCAUGCCAAGGGAAUGGUCCAUGUGUACAUAGACUCAUUGUGCUGUAGAUACUGUCCCGCAUUGUAAUUGUGAGACGCGGCUGUGACAAGUUGCUGGGGGACAUGGUGGAGAAGCAGGCAUGGAGCAGAGCCCCCCAGCACCCCUCCAUGGCUGUCACAUGACAUCAGUGUGUAUUCACACCAAGCUGUGCCCCUUUUAAGGGCAGAACCUCAUAUUCCUCCUAGUCUAAUCAUCAGAACCCAGUCGAGAGUCACUCAGAAUAUCACUGUAAAUGAAAGUGCCUACUAUUGAUGGGGUGAGCAAACAGUAGAAAGAAUCAGUGACGUCAAUGAGGUGACCUAGGAGAGAAGGUUUCUGAUUUCACUCUUGUUUCAUGAGUCUGAGGAAUUCAUAUAUUUCCUGGCUUUUUGCAGGCUUGGACCUGCUUUGCUGCAGGAGUGAGUAGCAUGUGUUGAGUAAAUCCCAAGAAGCAGAAAGGUCUCCAAGUGUUAACUCCCAAUGAAAGGAUGAUGAGCCACAUGGAGAUCCUAAGCAGCUCUGUUUUGCCCCCUCCCUGAGCUUCACCUAACACUGCAUUUGGCCCAUGGAUUCCCCUGAGCAGAGAUUGUUUCCUAUAUGGAGAGUGAGCAAGGCAUGAAAAGUAGACAGAUGCCCACAUCCCUACUCAUCUUGCGGAGAUGUGGGCAGAGCUCUGUACAGAGCAUUGACCAUAACAAGAAAGAAUCCAUUCCUUGUGCUCCUUUGCAGAUUUUUGUCCUGAUGUUGCAAGCUAAUACUUUACUUGGUGGCUUGCACGAUCUCCCUUCUGCCCCACUGGUAAUGUUUGGAGUACCAUUGUUCAUACUGGUUCAUCAUUAUCCUAGGCCAGGCCACUGGGAUAUAUUCCACCUUCUCUGCUCACUUUUGGCUUCUAGUUCCUGAAAGAUACUAUGGGGGAUAUGAUGUCUGAGUUUACAUCAGCAAGAGUCAUCUGAAAUGUUAGUUCCUUAAUCAAAAGAUCUGGGAAACUUGUAAUAAUUUAGGCAGAAAUUGUACGCAUACCACAACAUUUGGUAUCACUGCAGCACCAGGGUGUUCUUAGGAAAGGUUUGCAGAGAGAGCUGGCUGUAAAUAUCUUUGUCAGGAAACCAACCAUUGCUUUCGCUUAGACUAUAGGAGGCAUUGGAAGUGGCUCAACUUACGAAAAGACAGAAGAUUAUUGCUGAGGUCAUAACUGAAUGUAUUUCAGAAAAGCCAAAUAUGGUACCUCACCUAGUUUUGGAACCUGAAAAAUAGCUGUCACAUGUUAUAAAACAGGAAACUUCCUAACUGCGAAUAGAAAAAGGAAGAGAAAGAGAAAGGAAGGGAGGAAGGGAGAGGCAAAGAGAGGAGACAGGAAAGAGGGAAGGAAAGAAAGGGGAGGAUUUGAAAUUUCUGAUAGAAUUUAUUAAUUAAAGGCUCUUGGCAAUGAGCCUUGUCUUUGAAGGUAAUGAUCUCUUUGAUGAGCAACAUUUUAAAUCUGUUCUAGGGGAUUCUAUUGUUUGUUUUAGAAAGCUUAUUACCAGCCUUCUUUUGUGAUUUUGCCGCUUAGACAUGAAACAGAAGGGCAAACAAAUUGGGCUUGAGGAUGGAUAAGAGUAUUUGUGGCAGAUCCUGGCAUAGGACAGAAAUUCUUAUCCAAGAAAGUAGCUACUAAAAUAUAGGGAAGGUGAGCCAUAUUCCUAUCCAGCAUCAAUUUAUUGACAAUCGGGGAUUUCUCUAACAUUUUGGUCUUAGUACAGGAAUAUAAGUUUAUCAUCCUUGAUGAUAAAUGUUCCCCAUAUAUUGAAGAGCCAGUCACAUCCCUAAGUGGAAGCUUAAGAGGAACUCACGCUAAUUUAAAGAUAUAUAAGAAAAGAAAAGUAGUAGGAGUUAGUUCAGUUUAGUAUCAGUUUCAGGAACAGAUCCUUGUGGCGUGUGACACAUUUUAAUCAUACACCUAGAUUUCUUAUUGUCUCCACCCUAUCAUAAGGACAAGGUCUUGGUUUUAUGGAAGGAGAUUCUCCACUGAAAGGAAUGUCUGCCUUGUCAGCACCAUUUGUUCCCUGAGUUUUAAUAUAAUGGAACAUAUAUUAAACAUAAUUAAACAUUUAUUGAAUAUUGUGGUGUUUGCAUAUAUCUCUGGCAGGAUCUGGGAAUUUAAAAACAUUUGUCCUGGCUCCUGUUUCAGAGCAAACAUUGGCCCCAGAAAUCUCCUAGGUUUGAGAAUGUCUCUAAGCAAUGUGAAGAAUGGAGGAGAACAUAGUUUGGAGGAAGGUCAGAAAAAAGGCAGGAGCCAGAGGACUGACACCAAGAAAUUGAGUCUGAACGUGGGACUUCUUGGAAUUUAGUUCAUCAUAUUGCUAUAAAUCCCUUCAAGAAUCUUGUCCGUUGAUAGUCAAAACUUGAAACCCUGCACUGAAAAGAACCAACUGGUUGAAAACAAUACCAUGAGAGGAGCGAAAUUCAUCAAUUAAUCUGAAUGACUAAUAUCUUUCAUGUCCUUUGUAUGCAAAACGACACUCCACCAUUCUUAAAGUCCUUAGAUCCGACCUUCAGUUAACAAAUGCAGAAAUGACCUUGACCAAGGGCACUUCCUGAAGAAUGAGAACUAUCCUAGGUUUUACAACUGCAGAAUUAUACCCUCUGUGCAAUCGUUCAUCAGAAGGUGUUGCCUUGUUGGAGGAAAGUCUUACUUGUUUUGAGACAUCAAUUCCCUCUGCCCUUAAAAGAACUAAGGCUUAGGGGAAACAUUGUGCUUUCUCAUGGGGAAGAAAUGUCCUAUUGACCUUUGCCUUCUCUUCCAAGUCAGACAGACUUCUCCCUUGCCAUGGGCAUUUUUUACUACAUAUUCAGUCAACUGGGGCUAUUCAUAGAGACCUUGUAAAAGUACUCGUGAUUUUCAUGUUCUUGGGGAGAGAAACAAAAAUCUGUUUCUCCUCCAAAAAUGGACUUACCUCCUUUGCACACAAAAACUAAACUCCUCAGCAUGAAAUUAUUUGAGUUAUUACCUACCAAGUUGUUAGCUUCUUAACUACUCCAGAGUCACAUUUUCCAUCCCCAGGUUGGUUGUGGUUUGACUGUUUCUAUUGACUUGUCUCCCAGAAUCCCUCCUUUUGUUUUUUGCAGGCCUUGAAUUAUUUGUGGAAAAAUAAUAUAUAUGUGUAUGUAUUUUUUUUAAUCUUAUCUUUACAGAUGCUAUAUUUACAAUAUUGUAUGUAUUAUAAGACAAAUCUAGAAUGAUGGUUUAAACUUAAAAGGAAGAAAAGAACUGAAUCUGGUCAAAAAAAGAGAGCUAUGCUUCAUUUAGAAAGAUAGAGAGCCCCAUUUUUUUUCCACUUUGUAAUUAUUUGUUUAAAAGGAAUUUGUUUGUGGACCAAGUUCCAUGGGAUUAACCAUGGCCUUAUUUUUCUCUUCAUCUUCAUAACUUAUUUGCCUGGAUUUAGUCUUGGUCACCAAUAACUAUCGUUUUUUAUAGAAAUAUAAGUGCAGUGCUAUACCUGACCUAUGAAAAUUAUUAUUUUGAAGACAAAUGUGAAACAUACCACAAAAAUAGUGAGAUAGGACCCUAAAUUAAGAAAUGUAAAUUCAGUUCAGGAAGCCUUCUUCUUUCUUACAUACUUAAAAUAUUUCUCUUCCAAAGACUACAUUUGCCCCAGUGAUGUAAAUUUUCCGUCAUAGUUGACAUUAUAUCUGUAAACAUCUCACUAAAUGCAAAAUGGAGUUUACAUUUAUGUGCAUACUAGCAGAAGAGAAGUAAACUAUUCUCAUUUGCAUGUAGCUGUGUUGUCAAAUGUGGCCAACUGAAAUUCAAGAGAGAAUUUGUUUUCACGCAGCAAUGUACUUUCCUCUUGGCAAGGAAGCUGGUGUUAACGUUAGGUUUAGGUUUAACAUUUACACCAGUGCAAAUGUUUAUGGAUAUUAUGGAAAACUUAUUUUAAAAUCUUGAUUUCCUUUCAGUGCAUUUACAUACUGUGUGCUGAUUAAUAAAUUAGGCACCAAUCAUGUGUAAAUCAAUGUAAAUCACUAGUUUAUGUACAUAAUAUAAACGAUGUAAACUUCAUUUUUUCAUGCAGUGUCCAAGUUCAGCUAAAUCUGUGAAUCUUAAAGAAAAAAAAUCAAAUAAAAAUAAAUAAAAACUGAAGCAUUUCACAGGUCAGAAUGGGAAGGAGGAUGACUAAUGUCCCAAACAAGAAGGUUGCCUCAGCGAAAGGAAGUAGACCCACAGGAACUAUUAAAGGUUCACAUCCUGCUCAAGCCUCAGGAGGCCAACUCUUUGUUCCCACAGGAACUAAGUGGAGUUUCUCCCAACUGCAGCCAUAGUUGUCUCACCUGACCCCAAAGCAAGGGAAAUGAGGAAAUAAAGAGGAAGGAGUUUUAAGGGCUCAUGUGUCUGUUGCAUCUAUUCCCAGUGUCUUCUUGUUACUUCUUACCGAUCAUCUAAGAUGGCUUCUUUCAAUAGGUCCAAGUCACCCACAGCGUGGUGAGCAAAAUAUUACUGUUUUUAUUUCUCAUCGAGCAAAGACAUCGGGAAAUCUUCUUUGCCAUCUUGAUUCUAAGAAAUCGUGGGAUAUAAGAAAUAUGUUUUAUCCUUGAGAAACAUCUUGCCAAGUUACCCUAGGAAAUAACUACUUUUACUUAAUCUAAUAGACCUACCUAUUCUGAAGGGUCUUUCUGAAGGGUCUGAUGUGUUUAAGAGAGAGAGAGAGAGAGAGAGUUUCUACAAUUUGAACAACCACAAAAAGUCAUCAAAGAGAUGACUUUGGGAAUCACGUGAACUUUCUGCAUGGACGGUUAUAGAAAGAAAUUUAGGUCAAAUUAACAUUACACUUAAACAUUACACUCCUCUACCCAAGAUAAAUGGCAACUUUAAGGUCAAGCAGAAAGUUAAAAGAAUUGGACUGUAGCCUUGGGUCUGGCCACAAACAAGCUUAGGUGACCUCAAGCAAGCCAUUUAGCCUUCCUGAGACUUGGUGUUCUCAUCCUGAAAGUAAGGAAUUUGGAUGACAUCUCUAAGAUCUCUGUCAUCUCUAAACUCUGAUCCUGAAUAAGAAUUUAAUAAUCAUAUAAGAUGUAUUCAGCUGAUUAUUCCAAGCAGCUGUGUAUCACCUCCACGUAGGCCUCUAUACCAGCUUCCUUUCUCAGAACCAUCAUUCCAUCAUCUCCAUUUCAAAAGCCAAACCUUCUAGAAUACAGGGUCCCUGGACUGGUUCUAAAAUUCUCUUCUGAUCAAAACUUCUUAGCAAUGUAGAGAAAGGACACAUCCAGAUUAUACUGAAGGCACUGAAAUAGCUGGAGUUGUUUCCUUAUAAUAUAUAAUCUAAUGUUUGAAUUCUCUUCUAAUAACCUUUCAGAAGAAGGGAAAUAACCAGAUUGAGUGUUAUGCAUGGAACAAGUGAGGAUGUUGUGCAUAUGACAGGAAACGUCAGUUUUUUUUUUCUCAUCCUGGGCCAAGUGCCUCAUUACAGUAAAUGUGUGUCGUUGAAAACUUUUUGCUUGUGCUGAUGGUAGUAAGCAUGUAGUCUCAGGCAGGUUUAAAAGGCUGUUCUGUGAGAAACAGGCAAGACAAUGCAUUUUGUUUUUGGAAGGAAUCUCUCAUGGCAAAAGUUUUCCCUAAACUUGACUUUAUAGCCUAUGAAGUCAAGCAAGAAGAUGGAGAGAAAAUAAGCCUCAUUUUUAAAAAGUACAAGUCGAUACCAUUUAAAGAUGACAAGUUGAAAAUAGGACAAAAAUAAACACACUUGAGGAGGUUACAGAAUGGAAUAUAGUAAGAGUUGUUGUGAAGGCAAGAAUCAAAUGUGCAAGUUCUCUGUUAAGUUCUCUGAGAAGAAGGCAUACAGAAAUGAUGUUUCUCAGGCUGUUAAUGAGGAAUUGCUUUCUUGUGCCAUGUUCUGGAUGGAUUCAGCACAAGCCCACUUGUUUGAACCCAUCAAAGUGUAGCCCCACACUAUCCUGGAGGCUCAACUUAGCAUCUGUCCAACGGUAGCUUUUCAUUCAUUGCCUAGGAGAACAGAAAGACUCUGAGUCUCUUAUGUACUGAGGACCAGGGAUUAUUCAUGACUUCCCAGCAUUAAUAUCACUUGAUGUAGAUGAGGGUAUGUGAUGUGCUUAGACUACUUAGGAAGCUUUUUAAAAUGGAUGAAUGGCCUGCCCAUAGGACAACUCCCCAUUUCCAUGGUUGUUUCAGAGGUGUCUCUUUGAGUGGUGCUCCUGGAUCUACUCUUACAGCUACAUUCUUCUCUGUACAAGCCUUCUCUAUGUAAAGCCAGGCACAGAGUAAAAAUCUGCUUCUUGCAAAAUGAAGAAAAUAUACGAAACUGUUAGCUUCAUGGCACGUGGCAGCAAUUCUAAGCUUAUCUGUAGCCUUUUCUGGACCCACUUCCCUAAGUCUUUGCUCUUCACCAGAGAAUGUAAAUGGUUCAUCCUGGUGAUUAUGGCCAGGUCCUGCUCCCUAAGUAUUCACUGGGAUUGGGGGAAGGUUAAAGGGAAAAAAAAAAUGUAGGGGGAGAGAAGCACGGGACAAAACCUCCACCUUCUCUCCCCUCACACUCCUCCACCCCUUCCUUCCCACUGCUCUACUGAAGGGUGUAUAAAUCCUGCUCUUGGUUAGAAUUCUCCUUAUUAACAGUGUUAUAUACAUAUAAAUAUAUAUAUAUAUAUAAAUAUAUUCCUUUUUUUCAGCCCUGUAGACAUAAACAGAAAUUUUCCUUGAUGAUACAAACACAUGGCCAUUUUUUAUUUGGGCUUUUUGUUGUUCAAAGUUUAUUUUUGUUUAUUGGAUGGAUUUUUUCCCUGGAUACUAGCUCUGUGAAGGAAAAUAAAAAGCGCAGUGUGUGUAAAAAAAAAAUUAAAAUUAAAAAAAGCUUUUUUUUCCUUUCUUUUAAAAUGUAUUUAAAUUCUGUUUCUCUCUUCUGUUACUUUACACGUAUGAAUGCUCUGCUCUUCUGUGAUCUUAAAGCAAAAUGAAAUAAACGUGAAAAGGAGAUGUGUCUUCAUUGAA